AUGGCCUCCAUUGCUCGCUCCAUUCGCCCCUUGGCUUCUCGUGCCUUGGCUCAGAAGCCUCUUGCUUCCACCUGCCGCGCUGCACCUGCUUUCCGCUUCCCGCGGGGAACCCGGAGCUUCUCCCAGAGCCCACUCGCUCAGGUGAAGAAGUAUACCGAGUCGCACGAAUGGAUCGAGCUCGUUGAAGGCAGCAACACCGCCAAAAUCGGCAUCACCAAUUACGCUGCUCACUCUUUGGGCGACGUCGUUUUCGUUGAGCUCCCCGAAGUCGAUCUCGAGGUCGGCCCCGGUGAGCCCGUGGGAGCUGUUGAGUCGGUGAAGUCUGCCUCCGACGUCCUCUCUCCCGUGGCUGGAAAGGUCAUCCGGGGUAACGUCGUCCUGGAGGACAAUGCAAAGACGAUCAACGCCAGCCCCGAGGGUGAGGGCUGGAUCGCCGAGAUCGAGGUCGCAGACGUGGCUGCUCUCGAUGCUCUGCUUGAUGAGGCGGCUUACAAUGAGACUCUCGACCAGUAA